AUGGCGGAUUCAGCAAGGGGAAGCUCUGUACCGUGUCACAUGAAAGCUUGGGUGUACUGUGAAUAUGGAAAGCCAGAACAAGUGUUGAAGAUUGAUCAAAGUGUUGAAGUGCCUCAACUGAAGCAUGAUCAAGUUCUCAUCAAGGUUGCUGCUGCUGCUAUUAACCCCGUUGAUUGUUGGAGGAUGACAGGUUCUUUCAAGAACGACGACUCUACUUUUCCGAACACCCCAGGCUUUGAUGUUGCUGGGGUGGUGGUGAGGGUGGGAAGUGAAGUGAAGAAGUUCAAAGAAGGUGAUGAAGUAUAUGGUAAUAUCAUUGAAGAUGUGAAACACUUGAAGCAGCUUGGAUCAUUGGCUCAAUACACAGUUUCAGAAGAGAGAUUAUUGGCUCACAAGCCUCCUAAUCUGAGUUUCUCUGAAGCUGCAAGCCUUCCUGUAGCCAUUGGGACUGCUUUUGGAAGCCUUGAGUGUGUUGGACUUUCUCAAGGUCAAUCCAUCCUUGUUCUUGGUGCUGCUGGUGGCGUUGGAACCCUUGUUAUUCAGCUCGCAAGACACGUUUUUGGUGCGUCAAAGAUAGCAGCAACUUGCAGCACUGCAAAAGUAGAACUGUUGGAGACGUUAGGGGUUGACUUGCCAAUUGAUUAUACAAAGUCCAACUUUGAAGAUAUGGCUGAAAAGUUUGAUGUUGUGUAUGAUGCUGUGGGGCAUGGAGAGAGAGCAGUGAAGGCUGUUAAAGAAGGUGGUAAUGGGAAACUUGUAUCAAUAAUUCCUUCUGGAAAUGCUUCAACAGCAAUUGUAUACAGAAUGCAUAUAUCUGAGGGAGCUGCGUUGGAGAAAUUAAGACCAUUCUUAGAAAGUGGAAAGGUGAAGCCAGUCUUGGAUCCCAAAAGUCCAUUCUCCUUUUCUCAGGUUUUGGAAGCCUUUGCUCACCUUCAGACCAAAAGAGCCACAGGAAAAAUAGUCAUCCAUCCAAUCCUUUGA